AUGCCCCUGGGUCCAUCCUCGGGUCUCUAUCGGACAGGAGAUCUCGUGCAAUACCAGGAUGAUGGAACCAUUCGAUACAUCGGCCGUCAGGGAACGCGCAUGAAGUUGCACGGCCAACUGAUUGACCUGGGAGAAGUCGAAACCAACACGCUCCACGGGUUCCCUGCGGCCAACGGAGUAGCCGCCGAGACCCUCUCUUUGGAUCAAGCCAUGUGGGCCGAUUUCCUGGGCACGGCCAAGGAAUCCAUUGGGGCAGAUGACAACUUCCUAGCCAUUGGUGGUAACUCAAUCAUCGCCAUGCGGAUGGUAGCCAUGGCUCGGCGUGCCGGGCUCGACUUCACCGUGGCGGACGUCCUGAGCCCAAACAGCUCGUUGUCAUCCCUUGCACUGUCCUUGCUGGAAGUCAGGCCCGGUCAAGAGAAACCUGUUAUGUCUGCUCCAGCUCAGCCAUCUAUCCUCACAUUAGUGGAUUUCCAGCAACAUCUCAGGUCUCUACAACAGCAAGGAAUACUGCCCCUGGCAGGAAACGUGACCAGCGCGCGGCAAGCUACGGAAGCACUAGUCUCGCGGCAUCCAUGGUUCAAUUUCCAGUUUCAAUUCCAAGGCGAACUCAAUGAGGAUCGACUGCGAGAUGCUUGUCAGGCACUUGUUCGUGCUCACAGUGUGUUGCGGGUUGUCUUUACCGAAUAUCGCGAGGAGCUCUUCCAAUUAACCCUAGCGGAAGAUAUGGAACUCCCUCUACAGGUAGUAACGACCCACAACCAGUUAGACUCCUUUUGUGAAUCUCUUUGCCAUUCGGAGCAGGCUGUUUCGGUUCCUUCAGCAGGAGUCGCGAUCCGUUUUACACUGGUACCCAAUCCCACGCAUACAGACCAGCGACUCAUCAUCCGUCUGGCGCACGCCCAGUAUGAUGCCAUUUCCAUUCCGAUUCUGGUCCACGAUCUCGAAUCAGUAUACAAUGAUGAAAACAAGAUCGCAGAUACCUCUAUCGACUGGUACCUUGAACAACGAGCGCGGCAUUCCGAUCAAGAGCAGCAGCGAGCCUUCUGGCAGGAGUACCUGACGGGCUCUUCUCCCCUUGCCUCAUCUCCCCUCGAUCUCUCGUCGGCCACCCAGUUGGUCACAGGAACCUGCGAUCUCGCUUUACCAACUAGGCUCCCACCUUCGGUCACCCUGCCCACCGUCGUGAAAUCCGCUGCGUCUCUAGUCCUCGCUCGACACCUCCACCGACCUGAUAUUGUCGUCGGGCAGACCGUUGAUGGGCGCAGUCUGCCAUUCCCCGACGUCGACCGAGUUGUAGGCGCUUGUAACAACCAUAUCCCGUUCCGGGUACAGCCUCGUGCAUCCAUGACCGUCCGAGACUACCUCCUCCAUGCCCCAGCCCAGCAUGCCCGGAGCCUAGGUUCCGAGUCUGUAGAUUUGCGCACGAUCGUCUCGCACUGCACCGAUUGGCCGUCUCCGGCGGAAUUCGGGUACAUCGUGCAGCAUCAGACGGCUAAUCACGGCCUAACGUUGACACUAGGGUCCAGGUCUGCGUCUCUCAAACUAGUGGGCGGGCUCUCACCCGGAUCGGAGGUGUGGAUUUGCUCUACCGAGACUCUAGUCAAUGACUUAUAG